AUGACACGGAGCUCGGCGAAUCCGUCAAUAUCAAAGAAGAAGAUUCAGUGUAGACGAAGACCUACCAUACAGGGCCAAGCAGCUGCGGAGAAAGGCAAGUCAUACUUCGGGUUUCAAGUGGUUUAUUCCAUGACUGAUGAUGGUGUCGGUGAAUCCUGCGACGCGAACGACGAGGAUAUUACCAUGAGGCUACCGUCUAUUGUUGACUGUCGGUCUCCAUUCAUACGAAAACCAAGCGAAUGCUCUUGCCACGUGCCCAAUGAGGACGGCGGGUCAGAUAUCUUGUCGUGCACGCCUACCCAUGGGGAUCGCGCCAGCGGCCAGGAAACGGCUGCCUCUUCUUCAGCUAUCAACAGCCUCGCGUCGUUUCACGCGGAAGAAUGGCUCGGUAUCGGCAAAACACGGAGCAACGGGAUUCCGGUUCACGUUCGCCACGCCAGGGAUCAUGCGCGUACGAUCCCGCAGAGCCUGCGAUCCACAUUCAUUCCGAAAACAUCCCUCACCGUCGAUGCACUUCUUUGCUUUCAACCUCCGCUGCGGCCACCUACCACUUCCGCCUCGGUCGGGGUGCGUUUCAGCCAAGACUUACCCUCUGUCUUGGUCCAAGACAAUGACUUUAUGCUCGAUGAGGAGGCCCUACAGCAUAUCAUGAGUGCUGUCGAGCAGGUCAGCAGCCUACGCCAGAUCUCAACGAUGCCUGGCUUAGUGGGGCUCGUUCAACAUACCUCCCUUCCGACGUUCUGGGUGAUACCCACUUUGGGUCGAAGCCCUCCUGGCGAACUCGAGACGUCAGAGCGGAAACACAAGAAGUGGCUCCGAGCGUCUGCAUGGCUCAACCGUGUAGCCGACGGCAAUCGAAGCUGCGUGAUGCUCGCUGACUGGAAAGCGCAGGGAGACAUGGACGACCCAGUGCUAUUGACCACCGAAGACCUGGCAUCCCUCCUUUCCGAUCAGUGGGUCAACGGUGACAUGGUUAAUGCUGGGCUGGAUUCUCAUCUCCCGACGACUCUCAGAGAACAGCCGUACUCGCGUCGUGCUCUGCCUAUUCAAGUUGAAGAACUCGUGUUCACCCUGUUCGUACACAACUCCCGCUGGACGGUUCUUGUCAUAUCACUCCCUACGUAUACCUAUACGUACUGCGACUCUAAGAAUGCUGCCGCCAAACCGCCGAACAAAACGAUCAAACUUCUUGAGUGGUGGCUGGUCAUCUGUGCUCUGACCUUGUCGCAAAAUCACUCAUCGUGUCGCCUUCGCCCUCUUGUCUUAUCGCCGCAAAGCUUCUUCAUUAAGAACCAUGGACACAAUCGACAUCAGCCCAGCAUCGAAUGGAGUGGUAUCUUCGGCUUUCCGAAGCGCUGCAAAAUGCUAGCGAGUCGACUCUACCACCUUCCCUUCCACGUCGUCUGGGACCCGACUCGGCAAGCGCAAACACGAGAAGACGUCAUCGACCUCUACACUAAAGCCUCCAUGUACACCCACUACUGCGACGAAGGCUAG